ACAUAGCGACAGGUUAGGAAUAAAACAACAGGUUACACAAUAAAAGUGAAGUAACUGUAAACAUUUUAAUUUGACGUAGAAAUAAUGCAAUGUGUUUUUUUUCCGCCAGGAGGCGUAGUGUGACAAUUGCUUAAGCGUUAACAGUUUUACGGAGGUCAAAAUUCACGCCACAGCUGACACAGUAAAGAAACCUUUGCUCGCCCCUUUGUGAUAAAACGGGACGACGACAGUCCGCUCUGUUUGCAGAACAACGUCCUUGCGAAGCUUCUCUUAAAAGAGGGGCCACAUGGCUUACAAGAUGUCAAAUUCUUGGCCUUUUUGGCUUCUUUUGCUGGGGUGUUUGUUCUACAGUACCAGAGCUCAGUAUUGCACGCAGACCGGACCAUGUAGUUGUACGAUGGAUGACGGAUCAGGCACGAUAGACCUCUCGCCACUCGCCACACAGGGGGGCAUUGCGUACGAAGACUACUAUGCAUCGAUGUACCCUGACGGUUUCACCUACUCCUGGAACCCGUGUUACGCCUUCAGCAAGUCUGGAUGCACGGGUGUCGCUGUGUGCCAAGUCGGUCAGGCGGACCCGUCAGAAGCCUAUGAUCUUGGUGUACAGGAAAACGCAAUUUUUCAACCGGAUACAACCGGAACUGGAGUAGCGCUAUACUACUACAGUUUAUCCUAUGAAAGAACGACGAAAAUCUCGCUGAUUUGCAGCUCCUCUUCUUUCACGACAUUUACAGUGGAUGGGGAGGACCCUUCUUACUUCAAUAACUACGACUUCCGUUUGGAAAGCCCGUACUGCUGUACCCAGGACGGCCCAGACCCAGGACCAGGCCCGGGACCCGGCCCUAUCGUGGUUACUGUCAACAUCAGCGUCGGGUCUAUCCUCUGCAUCGUUUUCUUUCCGACUGUAUUUAUCUACAUUGUGGGCGGUGUGCUACUUAACAAGUUCGCCCGUCAAAAGGAGGGAAAGGACGUCAUACCUAACAUGGAGUUCUGGGCCUCGCUACCAGGUUUGAUAAAGGUUCAUAAGUGUGGUUCCACCACAAUCCAGUCCAUAUUCUUCCACUAUGGCUACAACCACAAGCUGAUCGUGGCUCUACCAAAGAGCGAUCGUAAAGCAUGGAUAGGAAAACCCCACAGCAUCCCAAGCACGUCCUACAAACCGCCCCCUGGCGGAAAACAGUGGAACAUCUUCAACCACCACAACGUCUAUGACAGGGACAUGUUUCUGCGUCUCAUGCCCAAAGAUACAAAAUUCGUCACCAUCCUCAGAGAACCCAUAAGUCGACUGAGUUCAGCUUUUAACUACUUCAUGCUGUACAAGUACUUCACGAACAUGGUUAACAUUUCUGUUGAAAGGAGGAAGUCGCCGAUUCAACUAUUUUUGAAGGAUCCAUGGUACUGGGAAAAACAGUUUCAUCCAAAGCGCUCGGCAUAUGGUUCGCUCAACGACCUUGGUUGUAUCCAAAACUGCAUGGCACAAGACCUUGGUAUGGAACGAAGCCAAUACAACAACGCUAACGCCGUAAAACAUUACAUAGAAAAGCUUGACAAAGAUUUUACAAUAAUGAUGAUUCUAGAGAAGCUGGAAGAAUCGUUGGUGCUUCUGAAAAGGCGCAUGUGUUGGUCUCUUCGAGAUAUCAUCUUUUGGGAGAACAGAAAGUUCAAGAAGAGACAAUAUUUUGUCAAAGCCGGAGAUGUGCGGUUUCGCGGGAUCCGUGAUAUUGGAAGUCUUCUAGAAGCAUCAAACCAAACAGCAGAUACUCAGUGUGCCAGACAAGAUAAUUUCGUGUUUGCAAAGGUGCACAAAUGCGGUUCCUCUACAAUUCAGGCCAUCUUCUUCCAUUAUGCCUACACCCACAAGUUGAUAGUGGCUCUUCCAAGGCGAGUCAGGAGAGCCUGGAUAGGAAAACCCCACAUCAUCACAGAAAAGUCCUACAAACCGCCCCCUGGCGGAAAACAGUGGAACAUCUUCAACCACCACAACGUGUACGACAGAGAGAUGUUUCUCAAGCUCAUGCCAGCAGAUACGAAAUUCGUCACCAUCCUCAGAGAACCGUCAAGUCGAAUAAGUUCUGCUUUUAACUACUUCCACAUGCAUAAAUUCUUUAACGGGAUGUCGGAAACUGCUGUUAGAACUAAAACUCCUCCCGUGAAGGUAUUUAUGACGAAUCCUUGGUACUGGGAGAAACGUUUUCAUCCACCUCGAAAAACUGGAGCUGGUUCAAUCGACGAUUACGGUUGCAUCCGAAACUGUAUCGCCCAUGACCUUGGCUUAGAGGAUAAACUUAGUACAGACAAGGAUGCCGUGAAGCGUUACAUCGAAAAGUUGGACGGAGAUUUUACAACAGUGAUGGUUUUGGAGAAACUAGACGAAUCGCUGGUGCUUCUAAAACGUCGCAUGUGUUGGUCACUGAGAGACAUCAUCUAUAGAAAAGGCACAAAGCUCAAGAGCAGAUCUUACAAGUUUAAAGAGGAAUCCCUGAAACUUAAAGGAUCAGAAAUGCAGAAUAAUUUCACACAAGAAAUGCUUCACAACUUUGAGAACUUCAGCGCAGCAGACUUUGCAAUCUACAAACAUUUUUAUGCAAAGUUGUUAAAAGAAAUUGCACAAGAAGGACAGGAUUUUGUCAAAGAAGUGUCACAAUUCAAGCAUAUACUAGUCGAGGUGGGACACUACUGUAGAACACCGCAUAAACCACCAGUAUUGUGGAUUGAACAGUCAAAGUGGAACGCACGGUUCUCUAUAAAUGUACAGUUUUGUUCAUUGCUAAGAAGAGAACGACCUGGCUGGGCGGGGCUUCUGAAUAAACGAUACAAUGAUCAUGCCACGAACGGUAAACAUAAACAUAAACAUGAUUAGCAUUAUUUGGCGAGGGUAUGAGAUCGUGGAACUCUAGUAUUUUUAUUUCCUAUAAUGGUUUAUAUUUGGAACCUUGAGUAUCUUAUGUUACAAUUGAUUGUAGUGUCUCCAAUCAUUGAUUUUACUGCGUGAUAGCAGUGUUACUACUAGCUCCUCGCUUUUACAGAAGAUAUUUUGUGCACACAAGAUUUUAAUAAAACAAAAAAGCACAAGAAUAUCUUUUCUACAUCUUAAUUAAUAGACAGAUGUGAUGUCUGUAAAAUGUACUUUUCAUUGAGGUCACUGUGGUACAUGUACAUGAAAUUGAUGCAGAUACAUGAUCUUAUAAAGGUGCUAUCAUUACUGAUUAUGAAACUACAUAAAACAUAUAACGUUAAC